GGAAUUUGAAAGUCUUAAAGCAAUUUACCCAGAAAUCGAGCUGGACUUUUCAGCGAAAUCAGGACGCCUCGUGAUUCCAGUUGCAUUAGAUAAGGAGCUGGAGAUCCGUAUGGAAAAUAGCGCUCAGUCGCAGCUUAUCGCGAAUCUUAGCCCCAUAGAGCUCUGUUUCACGCUUCAAGACAAGUAUCCAGAGGAAGAGCCUCCACAUUUGGAGCUCCGUGGUGCUCACUGGAUAGUUCCUAGUAACAAGGAUUCGAUAGUGGCCUCCCUGAUAGGCUUAUGGCAGGAUUAUCGCGAGAUUGUGCUUUUUUCUAUUAUCGAUUACAUAAAAGAGCGAAGCCGUGAUGCCUUUGGAGUGAUUGACUUAUCGCAGCCCUUGGUGCUUGAUAAACAGAAAUACGAACAAUACGUGGCGGCAGAUACACAGGCAAAGCAAGACCAAUUCAACCUGACCACGUUCAUGUGCGAGAUAUGUCAGACGGACAAGAAGGGUCUUGCGGUGCAAAGAUUUGAAUCGUGUGGCCAUAUCUAUUGCAACGAGUGUUUGAGAGAUUAUUUUACCUCCAACAUACUUCGUGGAGAGCUCGACAAUAUCCAUUGUCCUUCUUUUGAUUGCACCAAAGCCUAUGUGGAGACCAAUGAUCGAUUGUCCCGAGGCGUGAUGAAUCAAGAUUUGAAGCAAUUCGAAAAAGAAUUCUUCCAGGUCCCGCUGACAAAAGAGUUUCUCAACAAAGUAGUCGACCCAGAACUGACAGAAAGGUAUUGGAAGCUCAACACAACAUUCAAAUUCGAAAAAUAUAGGCGAUUGUUCCCUUUCAGAGUAGCCCAGUGUCCUCGUAGGCAUUGUGCUAAAUAUUUUCUUCGCAAAGACGAGAACAAUUUACUCUCGAUCUGUCCCGAUUGCCAAAUGGCAUUUUGCUUUGGGUGUCUUCAUUCGUGGCAUGGUGAUCUCAACAGUUGCAGAAACUAUCUUGGCGAAAAGAUCCCAUUGGAAGAUAUUCAGCUGUGGCUCGAGCAUGAACCAGGCUCCCAGACGCGCAAUAAUUUGGCUUUCAAGUACGGCAGAAAAGCGAUUGUUUUUGCCGUAGAGGAGCAUCUUUCGGAUAUGAUGUUUGAAGACCUGAUUGAGUCAGGAGAGGCAGGGAUCGUCCGGUGUCCAUCCUGCUCUCUACUUAUUCAGCGUUCUGAUGGUUGCAACAAGAUGACAUGUUCCCGGUGCCGAACCUACUUCUGCAAUUUGUGUGGUGAGACAUUAUCAAGGACGGAUCCGUAUUCUCAUUACAAUAACCCUAUGAACGAAUGUUUCAGACGGCUUUUCGAUGGCCUGGUUCAGGAAUCAUAGUUGAGCCCCUAUCGCUUUUUUGGUGGCCUGCUGUAUCUGACAACCUCACGCACAAGACGACAGCGACGAUAGUCGCCGGACUUGUCAUAUGCCCACUCUCCGUCAAUCUCCAUCUCAUCCAAGACACCGUUUUCGAGGCACCAAGAUUCCGGAUCGGCGUCCACUGUCCAGCUUUUUUCCGUGAACUUCCAGCUUGGGCUAGGAGCUUGCACCAGUGAGAGAUUGGUAGUCCCCUUGGGUCUUUUUUUCUGUAUUCUAAGGGUAUCGGACUCAUUGAAAAUCGACGAAGAAUACAUGUAAAGUUCGUAGACAGAAGGCUUGAUAAGGUCCUGUUUUUCUAUCUGGUAAAUUUGGAUGGUCCUGUAUUGAGGAGGAUCAUCCACUAUCAACUCACCCAGCCUAAACGCUCUGUUUUUCACUUCAGUUUUGUGUUUCGGUGGGAGCUUGUGUUUAGUCGCUGGCUUGAGCUGUUUGAGGAUAUGUUGGCGGUUGGGAUGUUUCAACAGAACCAGAACCCACACAGUGAUAAUAAAAAUCGCUCGCCAUGGAACGUAGGGCCCAAGGACUACCGUUAUGAGAAUUAGUGCAAUCAGAUUGAAGAAAUGCUUGGUACUUCGUUUCUCGUCCUUGAAACUGUAAUUUUCGUAGAUGCUAUCUUGCAUGCGAGUCAUCAUCUUGAUUAUGUCGGAGGUAAGAUUCUGUAAAUCUCUCAUGUUGAUCAGUAGUUUCACUUUAUCCACCACGCCCGUGGGCCCCUUCUCAGUGGUGUCCUCGUCUUCCUCCAGAACAGCCUUGAACACCAAAUUGGUUUUCGAGUCUGCUGUGAAUACCUCGUAAAAUAGACUGGAGCUUCCCUCGUCCUCUGAGUCUGUUGAUGUUCUGGAGCUUAUUGUGGACAACUCCAGCUCCUGGCUCAGUAUACGUUCGAGUGUCCUACUUCUCUCGAGCAAAAUGCGUUGCCUGUCCAAUUCCCAGGCAUUUUCGGUUCGCAAAAACCCAAAUAUUGAGCUGUCACCACGCGCACGCGUGGGAAUGAUAUCUGGCUUCGCUAAAGGAUGACGAUAGAGAUAGUUUGGAAUGAGAACCCCCGUCAGAACGUAAAAAACCGGGUAAACAAGAAACAGGUAGGGCAUUAGACAUCCCCAGGUAUAGAGAAUCAGAAAUGUCAGUGUCAACGAGGGCUUAUCCCAGGAUAUGACGUGAAUUAUAGAGUAUUGAAGACUGAACACGAGAUCCAUUUUCGAGCUCAACGUCUUGAAAUUUCUGCUGAUCCUCUUUAUAGAGAGCCCUGGCUGUUCUAUCCUAUGCCGGUCCUCCAAUCGCUUUCUCAAAUCAUCCAUCGAUUCAUCGGACCGUCGAGGGAUUGCAUCUAACAGCUUGUUGGUCAGUUUGUCCAUGAAAUGCACCUUGUCGUGAGAUUCCUGUUCUGAUAAAUCUCUGAGCUCAUCGAAAUCUGCUUUUGUUAACCGAUCAGCACCAACUGAGGAAACGGUCGAGAUCACAGCUGCCAGAGCUGCUCUUUUGCGCCCUUCUUCAAGGCCCUUUCCACCUCUUUUGCUAUGCAAAUAGUCAUUGGAACGAUUUUGUAUCUCAUUAAUGGCAUUGAGAGCUAUCUUCCGUGGAAUAGAUAGCCCCUUCCCGGAACUUGAGGUCGAAGGAGGAGAAUUGCUCAU